CUAUUACUUACUCUGCCCCUCAUCUCAGGUUUAACUGACCUUCCUCGGGGAAACUCCAUGGCCACACCAUACUCUCAAUUCUUGAGAACAGACCAGUUGACAGCAUAGAGUCGUAGACAAGAUGGCCUGGGACAAACUGUCUGAUUAUCGCAUCGUAGACUUCCUCUGGCUCUGCGCAGGAGCUUAUACCCUGUAUUUUGUGGGCUAUGCCUUGUACUUCCUCCACCUACACCCUCUCUCCCGCUUCCCAGGGCCCAAAUUAUGGGCAAUCUCUCGCGUACCCUGGGCAGUAUCAAAUAUCAAAGGCGACCUCUACCAAACCCUGGGGAAACUGCACGAGCAGUACGGCCCCAUAGUCCGCAUUGCUCCUGACGAGCUCACCACCAUCUCCCCCAAUGCCUGGAAGGACAUCUAUGUCUCGAAACCCCUGCUCCUCAAGGACCCAUACAGCCAAACCCCGCCUCUCAAUGGUGCCCACUCCCUCUUCACCGCCGAGGGAGCAACUCACCGCCGCAUCCGUGCCGCUCUGGCCAACAGCUUCUCAGACAAAGCGCUACGAGGCCAGGCGAACAUCAUCGAGAACUACGUCGCUCAGCUCGUCACACGCAUUCGCAGGGAAGCCGGCGAUACCCAAAACCCCAGGGAAAUCGAUCUCACCAAGCUAUACGGCUACACCGCUUUCGACACCAUCACGGACCUCAGUCUGGGCGAGUCGCUCGCGCGGGGCUUAGAGGGCGACAAUGAGCAUGGCUGGGUCAAGAAUUAUUUCUUCCACGCGAGUUUCAGCGCCGUACGUAUCGCGCUCGCUCGUUUCUCGCCUCUCGAUAUCUUCCUGGGCUUGUUCCUGCUGAGCAUGACGCGCAAGGCACGCCAGCGAAACUGGAAAGUUAUUACCGGCGCGCUGAAUCGGCGACUGGCCAAGAUGGGCUUGGAGAAGUCGGUGGAGGAGAGGGAGAAGCAACGAUACGAUCUCAUCACGCCGCUGGUCGACCGGCUUGAUGAGAGCGGGGAGAAGGGUCUGACCAGGGCUGAGCUGCUCACUAACGGGCUGGCCUUUGUCAUUGCCGGCUCGCAGUUGAAUACGAAUAUUAUGGCGACGGCGACAUACCUGCUGCUUCGUCAUAGGGAGACCUGGGAUUGUCUGGUGCGGGAAGUUCGAGGUCGGUUUGCUGAUCCGAGUGAGAUCACGGUCCAGGGGACGACAGAUAUGGUGUAUAUGGAUGCGGUGAUCAAUGAGACGCUUCGUAUCCGACAUCCAACUCCUAUCAAUCUUCCCCGUGUUGUUCCUCCAGAGGGAUAUGUAGUAGACGGCAUUGCGAUUCCAGGAAAUUCCGUCAUCGGCAUCAACGUUCAAAAUAUCCAGAAUGACCCUAGUUUAUGGGUUGAGCCGCGUGUCUUCCACCCAGAGCGAUUCCUACCAGCCAGCGACCCACGGUACGAUAGCAAGUUCGACCGAGAUGUGAAAGAGGCGUUUGCGCCGUUCUCAAUCGGGCCGCGAAAUUGUAUAGGAUACAAACUCUUUUUCGCGCAGGUACGCGUGGCUCUAGCUACGGUUGCCUGGAACUUCGACUUGCAGUGGCAGGAACCAGCGCAAGAAGAAAGCUGGUUGGACCAGAGAGCUUGGUUUGCGUUUGAACCGCGGCCGCUCUGGGUGAAGCCUGUGGAAAGAAGGUAGGAAAUGAUCUCUACAUAUGUAUCCAUGUAUAUAAGAAAUGACAGAGUGGGUCAUGUCUUUAAUUGUACACCAAAUAUGUAGUCCAAUUAAACUAUAUACAUAUAAAAAUCAAUUGAUCAUAUCGAACAGGGUAUUCCAUCUAUAAGAAAAUAAUUAUAUAGGAUUAUACCACGA